AUGAAUGAUCUACUUCUUAGAGGUCAUACCUGCUCGCAAUGCCGGAAGAUCAAGCUCUGCGAACCACGAGAAGAAAUCUUCAUAGAUACAGAGUUGGAUUCGAAGUACCCCAGGGACUCCCCUUCUCAUAUGAGUUUUACUGGUUUGCGUCUUGAUGAUCUAGAAGAGGGUUCGCAAAAUGGCUGCAGCCUGGGGAAGUAUCUCUCUUCACAACUUCGCGAACGAUACCCAGAGACGUGGACCUCACAUGAUCUGAAACUCUACACUGACGGUUGGCGUUUCCAUGGUCUGAUACCUCUGGAGAAGACUCUCUCGGGCGACAGAAAGCUUGAGUUUUCAACUAAGGACCAAUAUGUUCAUGCUCCGGCACAUAAAGGAAAGACAUAUGUAGAGUUCUUGUCUUACGAAAUUACGACAGAUGAAGACGUUGAGUGGACUGGAGGACAAAACCUUUUGUCUCGAAAGCCUAUAGUUGCUGACCCACUGUCUGAUAUUACCGCGGCCACGAUUCGAGAUUGGAAGCUCAGAUGCGACACAAGCCAAUCUCAAGCUCAUACAAUCUGCUCACGGCCAAGUCCAGGAUUCUUCCCUACUCGACUCCUCAAGAUUGUCGAGAUGGACACCAACAAUCAGAUUCCUCAUGUGAGGCUUGUUGAUGGAAAGUCGCUGAAUGGAGACACCGAAGAAAGCAACAAAGACUCGUACAGGACCGAGAUUCCUUGGGACAAGAUUCCUAGAACGACCCAAGAUGCCAUUCUGACGUCACAAAAACUUGGAAUUGGCUUUAUCUGGGUAGACUCACUCUGCAUCAUCCAAGACAGCAAAGCGGACGAUAAGAGCAUCGAGAUUGGCCAGAUGACCCAAGUCUAUACCCAUGCGGCAUUCACUAUUGCGGCUAGAAGAGCCCCAGACGCUCAUAGAGGCUUCCUCCACGAGAGGUCACUUCCCUCUGGAACAACCACUGUGGAUUUCUGCAGUCAAGAUGGUAAAACGAGACAAUGUACAUUGACGUUCGAAUCGGCAGCAAAGGAGGAAGAUCAAAACGUCCUGGACACGCGGGGUUGGACAUUGCAAGAAUAUAUAAUGUCUCGCCGCUUGCUGAUCAUCGGAUCAUGGACAACUACAUGGUCUUGCAGAAAGGAGCGUGCUGGAAACUGCGACGGAUGGACUUUGGACAGAGAAAAGGGUGAUCCCUUCAACUACAAUGGGUCUUGGACGUCCAGCGAGAAUACAGUCUUCAAAGGCACACAUCGUCUCGACGCAAUUGCCUUCUUUGGCACUCAUCCCGAUUCCAACUACCCAAAGCCUGAAGACCAUCUCAUCUUGUGGGAAUGGAAUUCGUUAGUUCAGCGGUACACCCAACGAAACCUCACGAGACAAACUGACAGGAUCCUCGCUAUUUCGGGCCUGGCACAGAUCUUCAGUCCUAUGCGCGGAGGGGCAUAUGCAGCUGGUUUGUGGGCUAAAGACUUUCCUGAUACGCUACUUUGGGAAAACCGUUCUAGAGCCUUGUAUCUGAGACCAAGCGAUCAAGGACCAUCCUGGUCAUGGACGGCUAUUAACAGUACUGUGACAUGGGGCGCUGGCCAUGGGAAAGACGUCUUAUCAGUUGACUCUAUUGAAUGCGAUCUUGAUCAACCAUCAGCUCCUUUCGGGUCUGUCAAGCGCGGCGCACUUCGUGUCACAGGACCUGCAUUGGACCUGGAGUGGAAACGCACUAAAAGUACAUCGAGUUUGAUGAGCCCCGGAGGACAUCACCUGAGGUACUUGGUGCCUGGUGGUAUGUACAUCAACGCUCAUAUCAAGUUUCUUCCCGACGCAGAAGAACCUGAUUCGGACUGGACCACCGUCACGUUACUUGCUGUCAAGGUCGACGACUACACAGCGGGAAUAGUCCUGAGAAAAAGUACCGACAGUGAGCACUCGAGAUUCGGUUACUUCGAUGCAAAUCUCCCAGGAGAUAAAUAUCACAUAGAUUGUCAAUUACCAGUGGUUAGAAAAUGGGGGAGCAGAACUUUUACUAUUAUAUAG